UAGAAACCAAAGAACAUAUAUUACCUCAGAAACACACAAAACAAACAAAAAAAAAGAGUAAAAAGUUGUAUAAUAUUGAAUAUGCCUAGACCAAGAUGGAGUCCAACACCACAACAACUUAUGAUUCUACAAGAUUUGUAUAGAAAAGGUUUGAGAAAUCCAACAUCUAGUCAAGUACAAAAGAUAACAACUCAUCUUUCUCUUUAUGGAAAGAUUCAAUGCAAGAAUGUAUUUUAUUGGUUUCAAAAUCACAAAGCUAGGGACAGGCAAAAACUCAGAAAAGAAUUGAUGAUGCUUCACAAAAUCCACAAAAAUACUAGUGAUGAUGAUGUUCCUCAUCAAUUUCACACAACUCAAAACACCAAUAGUAAUCUUGAAUACAAUUUCCCUCCUAGUACUUUUCAUACACUUUACCCUCAAUCACCUUCCAUAUUGGUUCAUCAGGGUGAAGGAAAAGACACAUCAUCAUCAUCAACUCAAAUGAUGAACAACAUGGGGAAUGUUGAUUUUCCAAAGCAUUGUGUCAUAGAAAAUGGCAUGAUGAGAACAAAUGUUCAAGGUUGGAUCUUGAUGAUGACAGAUAUGGGCCCUAUUUCUAUUCCAUCUUGCAGUAGUAACAAGCCUCUUGAAACCCUAGAACUUUUCCCUAUUAAAGCCACUGGCAUUAAGGAAUAGGGCUAGCUAGUCCCAACAAUAUAAUAUAAUAUAAUAUUAUUUCUUGCUGAAAUAUUGCAAGUGUAAUUCUAUCUAGCUAGCAAAUAAUAAGUUUGUAGCAUUAAUUAGAAUAACUGAUGAUAUCAUGUGUGUUGGCUAAAAUGUUAGUUUAUAGUGUAGCUUGGACUCUAAUAAUAAUGUUAUCAAGUGUGCGUUGAAUUCUC